AUGGGCAAACCGAUCAAACAUUUGGUGCUGGACACGAACGCCUUCAUCCGUCCUGUCGAGCAGCUCCAUAACAUUGCCGAGAAUUUCUACGCGCCGCCCGGCGUCUUGGCCGAGGCGAGAUGUUCUCGGAGCAAGAUCAAGCUCGACACGUUCCCGUUCGAGAUUCGUUGGGUGGAGCCGUCGUUGGAAGCUUUUCAGAAAGUUGUCGAAGAGGCGAAGCGCGUCGGCAACUACCCGGAGCUGUCGGCCGUCGAUUUGAAGGUGAUCGCCCUCACCUACGAUCUGACCCAGCGGCACCCCACCAAGAGCAGCAACAAGGCGCUGGACGGAUUGACGGUGGAGCAGGUGGAGGCAUCAAUCGCGAAAAUUGCGCUGGAAGAAGCUGAGGCCGGGAAACCCGAAGAGACGCCUGCCGGAGCCGAUGCUGCGAAAGAAGUGACGACAUCAAGCCUGCCGCCCGGCUUCGCGAAGGAUGAUGACUCGGAGGAGGAGGGCUGGCUUACAGCAGAGUCGCUCGAUGCCGCUCUGAACAAACUGGGUGCCAUUGAGUUGUGCGAUGGAGCCGAAGUUGGAUGUCUUACAACGGAUUAUGCUGUGCAGAACGUCCUUCUCCAUAUGCAUCUCGAGCUCAUCUCUUUCGCGGGCUACCGAAUCCAGCGUCUGCAGACGUACGUCCUCCGCUGCCGCGCCUGCUACGGCACCACAAGCAACAUGACCAAGGAGUUUUGCCAGAAAUGCGGCAACAAGUCACUACACAAGUGCGCCGUCACGCGCGACAAGGACGGCAAGGAGCAGCUGCAUAUCAACUGGAAUCGUCUCACAAACCUGCGCGGGCUCAAGUACAGCAUGCCGGCGCCGCGGGGUGGCAAGCACGCCAUCGUCGAGAAGAUUGUCGAGGACCAACGAAUGCCCGACCAGCGUAAGCCGCGGCACUACGGACGUGUCGGCAUCCGGAAUGGCGCCAUCGACGUCGACAACCCGUUCGACUUCGAAAACAAGCAGCCCACGACGAGGAAGCAUCCCGUUAAA